AUGGUUGACCUGGAAGAGCUUAAUGCUAUGAUGUACAAUGUCGUAGCUUCUUUUGCUGGGCCUCAUACACUGGCAGAUAGCAUACAUGCCCCCCCCAGGACAGAGGCUGACUGGGUCUGGGUGUCUGGAUAUUCCGAGAAUUCCAUAGAGAGUGCUCCCACAGACAAAGCCCAGAGGGAGUGCAGUUCAUUUAAAUCUCCCAUCGUCCACGACCAGCCUUCUUCUUUUCAGGACGUAGCCCUCCAGACUGAAGCUGGCCCGAGCCCUGUCGCCCACAACAAUCCCCUCCGCUACAACGACAGCUCUUACGACACCUCCCCCAACGCGUCUCACCAUACCUCUCAUCUAUCUGGGCUCUGCAGUCAGAAGUCAGACAGGAUGUAUCGGGUUCACGACGUGGAUGAUACCACGGCCUUCUUGGCUGCUGCUCGUUCCCUGAGACUGGGUCGUUCCAAGUAUACCUCUGCUUCGUCGCCGACGGGCAACGCUGAUACUGAGGCUGGAACCAACGUAGACGCAGAUGCGGACGCGUUUGGAGACAGUACUGCCCCUGGUAAAGUAGCAACUGACACUGGCUUCGAUGCAAAGGAUAGCGAUGAUGUUGCUGCCGCUGGCGCAGUCAACCAGAAGGACGAUGGAUUUGGCGAGUGGGAUGUCGAGAAGCGCAAGUCCAGCACCGAUGAGCUUCUCGAAGACCCAGCCCAGGCUGCGAAUCAUACGGCUGCUGAAUGUGCGGCCGUCGAUCCUGUGGCCACUGAGUCUGUUUCUGGCCAAGUCGCAGUCGCAGUCACGUCUAAGGAUGCGCUCACCCUUGGAACGCCCUCUUCUGCGGUUAGCGCUGAGACAGCUGUAGCUGCCGGCGAGGAGAAUCGCGAGCAUCUCCUGACGUUUAAGAGUUGGGGCACUCCUGAAGUCCGUGACAAGCCAGCUGCACGCGUUAGACGUAUCAUUCUCAAGGGCAUCCCUUCUACCUUCAAUAACGCUAAGAUUCUCCGUUUUAUCCACGGGGGCGCCAUCGAGAGCAUCUCCGUUAUUCACGGCGACACCCACAUCCUGUUCUGCGAACCCGAAGCCUGCCAGGCCUUUUACGACAGGUACCCUAACGGCAUUUUUCUGGAUAAGGACAGGCGCAAUGUCGUCUUCGUCGAAAAGGGCCAGGAGGUUGAUAUCGUCGGUUCCCAGCUCAGCUUUAACCUUUCUGUUGGCGCUACUAGAGUUGUCCGUGCCGUUGGUGUCGAUAUGAAUAUCACCAUGGGCCAGCUUCUCAAGUUGGCCAUUCUCAACAACAGGAAGGUUGAAAAAAUAUUGGAUCAUUACACUCCUGGCGAAGCGCGCAAUGUCACUUUCCGCUUCUGCAGCAUCGACGACGCUGUCUGCUUCCGUUCCUUGAUCAUCCGUGAUGCUGACUGGGAGCAUUGUAACAUCCAGUACGCUAAAGAUCCCUGCGAGGCCACCGGUUUCCAUGCGGACUGAACAUAUCAAUUCUACUGCCAACCUGGCUACUCGACUACCAGAUGUAAUUGGACAUCUCUGACAGCAUGACCGAUGCUUGGCGUCAGGUACAGCUUGGGAUGCUAGGACUCUCGGUGCUUGCCGCGACAACUGCGGUAGAAUCGAUUCCGAGCUUUGCGUUAACGUUAACCAUUUCCCAGCGAGAGUAGAGGCGUGUACGUAUAGGCAUCCAUAAAUUAGGUAGUCUACAUGUACAGGCCUCAACUUUCCAGUCUUGGAAGUAUUACACAUUAAUAUCAGUAUCAAUUAACUAUGGACCGGUAGCUGUAUACUAUAAUACAAAAUAAAGUAGGAUGAGG